AUGUUUGUUGCUCCAUGGAAACCGGAAGCAUCUUUAGCUAUCCCGGAGAUCAAAACAGUUCCGGUGUGGGUAACUUUGAAGAAAAUUCCUGACAUCUUCUACUCUAUUCCUGGAAUAAGUCAUAUAGCUUCUGGUUUAUGUGCUCUGAUGGCAACUCACAAACCCCGGUUAGAUCCCAUUUUAAUGGGUGAAGCUAAGAUUUUGGUUGAGGUAGAGUUAAGCAAAGCAUUUCCUUCAAAAAUCGCUGCUAAUGAUGAAAAUGGUUUCAUUUCCAUGGUUGAUGUAGAAUAUGCUUGGUUGUCUUCGAAAUGUAGUAGAUGUGGUCAGCUUGGGCAUAAGGUCAAGCUUUGCUUGCAAAAGGUCGAUGAGUCCCAUAUUGCUGCUCCCAAGGGUAUUGAGAUGGCCUCCGACAUUAGUGAUGUGGUUACGACCACUUCUGUCACUGCCUUUGAAUCUCCUCAACCUAACACUACUUUAGUUCCAGUUUCAGAGAUUGUUGUAUCUCCUGACAUUCUUCUGGAUGUACACAAUGAAUCCAACUUGGUUGAUCCAAAUACUGUUGCCAAAGUUGACAAUCUCAUACCACUAGCUACAAUCUCUGUUCUUGAAUGUAUGUUUCCAUAA